CACCGGUGCCAGUGCUUGUGCCAGUUGCUGCCGCAAGUCUGUUCUGUUGAAGACGUUUCUUCUUGCACGUACAGCUAGAUUCAAGCUGAAGAACAUGAAUUGCCUUGAUGGGUUUUGAAAAGCAUUUCUGGCAAGGCGCCUGAGUCCUGACAAAGAAAGUUGGUUUGCAGGGAGCACUUGUCCUGGAGCUGCUGGGGGGCUGGCGUUGUGGGCUGUCCAAAUUUGGGAACAUUGGACAGCACUUUGUAUCAAUUAGACAGCAAAUCAUAGAAAAGCUUCACUGAGGAAUUGGUAUCUACACGGAGAGAUUGCUGAUACAAGUCAGUUGGCAGGCAAAAAUGGAGUCAUCUCAGGGCAGAAAGAAGCGGCGGCUGAACAGCGGCCCGCUGAAGCUGGAAACCUUUGCCAAUGCAAAGACCAGCAAGUACAACAUCAAGGAACUGAAACGAAAACACGAGUUCAUCCAGAAUGCACAAAAGGUGCGCAGGUUCCGAAAGCAACUCAAAAGCGACGAGGUUCCAGUCUCGGACUCAAGAGCUGAGCACCCUCCCCAACACACAACAUCGCUGGACGAUGGCCAAGCCGGUCGUCAGAGUCAGGAGGGCGAAACUUCGCAAAGGAAACAGCUCAAGGAGACCAGGGCUCAACUUAGACAAACAGAAGAUGAGGGAGGCGAAGGUAGCUUGCCGCGAAAGAAGAAGCCGCGUCCCUUGAGUCAAGUGGAGAGACUAAAACGGGAGGCGGACGCUAAGCGGGCUGCGCAAGAAGCGGAGCGGCUCGAGCGGCUCCGGGAAGUCGAGAAGCGGCGAAAAGAGAAAGAGGCGGCCGAGCGGGCCCGCAAACAGACGUUUGUCAAGAUGCAUAAGAAGACGCCACGUGGCCAGCCAGUGAUGAAGCAUCGGAUGGAGCACCUACUGGAGAAGCUGCAAAAAGAUCAGGGCUGAUCAGGGGCACAUGGAAUAUGGUGAUUGUGACUACUCACUCUAGGAUCUUAGACAGAGAUGGUAGUGCCAGCGGGCAGCCGUUUACACAUCCGUUGAGCAGCGAGCUGCUUCGCGAUGCGGGCGGUUGAGCGAACCUGACCCUAUGAGCCUUGGAAGCAUGUCGGCGACCGCGGAUGGUCGAAUUUGACCGGGAACACGUUAGAAUCUAGCUUGUGUAGUCAUCUGGAAUACAUAUUUCUAGUGCCAGCUAUGCUGAGGCAUGUGCAUUGACAGAGGUUUUGCCAUAUGGUUGCGGGCGUGGUCACAGGAUUGGACAAGGGAGCGUGGUUUUCCGCUGACUCAGUGGGUGUCAAUCCGCCUGAAUGAGUUCCACUAUACUGACGCACGGUAGC